AUGUAUAAUAAUAGGAAUAAUAUGAGAGAAGUUAUAUCGCUUCAUAUCGGGCAAGCAGGAAUCCAAAUCGGAAAUGCUUGCUGAGAACUUUACUGCCUUGAGCACGGCAUUCAACCAGAUGGGCAAUUAUCAGGCGACAAAGAUAUAGGAGAAGAUGAUGCUUUUAACUUACUUAUUAGCUUUAAGUUUUAAAGCCUAUAUGUCACGAUGCUUUACACGCUUUAACCGAUAAAAGUCUUUAUAGGGCACACCAGGACUAAACCAGGCAUAAUUUUGAUUACUAAUGCAAAUUUCAUCCAUCUAAUCUCAGCACCUAAGAAAACUAUCCUUCCGUUUGUGGGCAGAAUCAAUUUGAAUCAGUCUGGCACUCUAAAAGUCUAUUCUGAGCCACCUACAGUUUGCAGCAUACAUCAAAAAAUUUCAUUUCCUUUUAAUGGCCAUUCAGUGUAAAGCGCUACUGAGCUAUAAAACUUAAUCUUUUCUGGAUAAUUUGUUAAGCGAAGCCAACCUCAUAAUUAAAAUUGUUAAGAAGAGGAAUUUCUGUUUGGGAGAGCAUAAAAUUCCGAUGGCUCUAUAUUUAAAUUAUGAUGAACUUUUAAGACUUUUUUUAGCGAAACUAACGCUGGCAAGUUCGUUCCUCGCACUGUCUUCUUUGACUCUGAGUCAGCUGUUAUUGAUAAAGUCAGAACAGGUGCCUAUAAUCAGCUAUUUAACCCUGAGCAGCUCAUUUCUGGAAAAGAAGACACUUCUAGCAUCUAUUAUCGUGGGAGGUGAAACUUGGAGCGUGAUUUGGAAGACCUUUGCAUGGACAGGAUUAGAAAACUCGCAGAUAAUUGUGAGAGUCUUCAAGGUUUCUUACUUUUCCACUCAGUUGGCGGAGGUACAGGCUCAGGCUUUGGAAUGCGUCUCCUUUGAAAUCUUCGACGUGAUUAUUGCAAGAAACCAAGAAUUGGCUUCUAUGUUUACCCAUCUCCUCAAAUCUCAGUUUCUUCUGUCGAGCCAUACAAUGCAGUUUUAUCGACUCAUUCUAUUAUUAAUGAUACUGAGGCUGCUGUUGUUCUUGAUAACGAAGCUAUUUAUGAUAUCUGCGCAAAACAACUUAAUAUAGAGCAAAUAACGUAUACUAAUUUGAAUAGAAUUAUUGCCCAGGUUAUUUCUUCUCUGACUGCUUCACUCAGAUUUGACAGUUCCUUGAACGUUGAUAUUACUGAAUUUCAAACUAACCUGAUUCCAUACCCAAGAAUUAAAUUUUUGCUCUCUUCUUAUGCUCCAAUUAUUUCAGCUGAGAAAACUUACCAUGAGCAACUCUCUGUGGCAGAAAUUACUAAUAGUGCUUUUGAGCCCGCUUCUAUGAUGGCUAAGUGUGACCCUAGAACUGGGAAAUAUAUAGCCUGCUGCAUGAUGUAUAGGGGAGAUGUAACUCCAAAAGAAGUUAAUGCGGCUGUUGCUACUAUUAAGACCAAGAGUACAGUUCAAUUUGUUGAUUGGUGUCCAACUGGAUUCAAAUGUGGAAUUAAUUAUCAGCCGCCAGCUUCUGUGAAGGAGGAUGACUUAGCUAAAAUAACGAGAGCUGCUUGUAUGAUAAGUAACUCAACUGCUAUUUCUGAAGUUUUCUCUAGGAUUAGCCAUGAGUUCGAUUUAAUGUGGUAUAAAAGAGCUUUCAUUCAUUGGUAUGCCGCAGAAUCUAGUCAUUCGAGAGAUUUCUAUGAAUCAAGAGAAGUUUAUUUGUGGUAGCUUAUCUCAUGGAAGAUUAUGAAAUAACUGGCGCUGAAACUAUGGAGAUUGAAGAAGAAGAGGGUUUGUAGCUGCAUACCCUUCAUUUUAUAAGUCUUUAGUCAUAAUAAAUAUCACACAGCAAUUUAUAAAUUUCAAUAUUAUAAAGUGAAGAUUUAUCAAUAUAUGCCAUGCUUUAUCUAUUAUCUCAGGUGUAAGCUUUUUAAUUUUUUUUUUACUUUAUUUUUUAGUGCUAGUAUGCGUUGUUUUUAAUUAA